UAUAAAUAAAUAAAUAAAUAAAUUCAAAUUUCAAUUUUCCUCUCUCUUUUAUCGUAUCGUUCGUUCUCUUCUUUCUCUCUCUUCAUUUUCGUAGCUAAACUCCAGCUUGUACCAAGGGUCCACCAUGGUGUAGAGUUUCUCGAUCUCACCUUCACAAUUUCUCAACGCUUUUUCAACGUUCCGAAGAAAAGUUUCUGUUUUCAUUCUGAUUCUUGAAGACGAUUUUUAGGGUUUUUUGAUUACGACGUCGUUUCACGAUGCCGGGACGACGGUCGAAGUCGGAGAAGAAAGACACCGCCGACGCCGACGGCGAGAAACAGCUCCGGCGAGACCCGUAUGAAGUCCUUGGCGUUUCCAGGAACUCUACCGAUCAAGAAAUUAAAUCUGCUUAUCGGAAAUUGGCUCUUAAGUUUCAUCCUGACAAGAAUGCUAAUGAUCCCAAAGCAGCUGAUUUGUUCAAAGAGGCUACCUUUUCUUAUAAUCUCUUGUCGGAUCCUGACAAACGGCGCCAGUAUGACUCAUCUGGCUUUGAGGCCGUAGAAUCAGAUAGCCAAGAGUUAGAAUUGGAUCUUUCAAGUUUGGGUGCUGUCAACACAAUGUUUGCUGCACUUUUUAGCAAACUUGGUGUACCAAUUAAGACAACUGUAUCUGCGACUAUUUUGGAAGAGGCACUCAAUGGUUCAGUUACAAUUCGUCCACUUCCAUUGGGACAAUUCGUAUCUAAAAGGGUUGAGAAGCAAUGUGCACAUUUCUAUUCAGUUACAAUAACAGAAGAGGAAGCAAGAGCUGGAUUUGUUUGUCGAGUGCAAUCAUCAGACAAAAGCAAAUUCAAGUUAUUAUAUUUCGACCAGGAGGAAAAUGGUGGCUUAAGUCUUGCUCUCCAGGAAGACAGCACAAAAAAUGGGAAGGUUACCUCUGCUGGAAUGUAUUUUCUUGGUUUUCCUGUUUAUCGACUAGAUCAAACAAUGAACACCAUAGCUGCUUCUAAAGAUCCAGAUACAUCGUUUUUCAAAAAGCUUGAUGGGUUCCAGCCCUGUGAAUUAACUGAGUUGAAGGCUGGUACCCAUAUAUUUGCAGUUUAUGGUGACAACUUUUUUAAAAGUGCAAACUAUACAAUAGAAGUCCUGUGUGCUGCACCCUUUAGCGAAGAAAAAGAAAAUUUAAGAAAUGUAGAAACUCAAAUUUUGUCGAAAAGAGCCGAAAUAUCAAAGUUUGAAUCAGAAUAUCGAGAGGUUCUAGCACAAUUUACCGAGAUGACAAGCAGAUAUGCACAUGAAAUGCAAACUAUUGACGAGCUAUUGAAACAAAGAAAUGAAAUACAUGCCUCAUACACGGUUGUUCCUUUAAAGCGGAGCAAUAGCAGCAAAAGCAGAAGUAAAACAUCUCUGAAGGAAUCAAAAGAAGAUGGCGAAACAAGAGAAAAGAGGAAUACAAGAGAACGACCGAGGAAGAAGAAAUGGUAUAACCUUCACUUAAGAGUUGAUAAGAGAAAGGCUUGCUAAGGCGAGAAUUGGAGAAUUACGAAGUUCUUCGGUUGUCACUCAUGUACUAUUAAGUAACAUUAUUUUAUAGUUGCUUGUCAACUGUGAAUGCCACGAUCAAACUCUAUAAACAGUUGAUCAACACACUCUCGAUUAUUUAGCUCUUGUACAACAAGCUAAGAGGAAGGCUUUGGCACAAAGCAACAAAACAACCAAAUGUAGUUGGAAGGUUUUAUUUAUGCUGGUCAUUCAAGGAUGGCAACAACUCACAGCUCUCAUUGUUUUUGUAUAAUCCCUUUCCUCUCUUUCCCUUUAUUGUUUCUAACUAAGUAGCUAUCAUCUUCAGCUUUUGUACCUGUAAAUUGUUUGAUUUAUUGAUGAAGAAUGAUAAAUUCUCUAAGUGGGUUGUAAUUUUGUUUAGAAGUAUUGUCAAAAGCAUUGGAAGGUAGGGUCUCGUAAUUUAUUGUUCAAAUACUACUAAAUAAUGAUAUUAAAUGUUGGGGUUGGAUUAAAUA